AUUCACAACGGAUUGUGAGAGAGAGAGAACAAAGGAGAACGGAGGCGAUGGCGGAUUCAGACCCCAAAAGAGCGAAGGCGGAGGAGGCCGUGCUCCGAUAUCUAGAGAACAACUCCGAUAUCUCGGACUCUCAUCUGUUCGCAGCCCAAGCCAAACUCAACCACGACGACAUCGCCAAUGCUAUUAAGAGUCUCACUGGUCACAGAUACGUUGACUCUCAGGAGAUUACAAAGGAGACAUGGUUGCUCACCGAGGAAGGGAAGACAUAUGCUGUUCAUGGAACGCCAGAAGUGCGGCUCUUCCUGUCCAUACCGCAUGAGGGCAUCACGAAAGAUGAAUUGCAGAAAAAGUUUGAUGCAUCGAUUUUCAAAAUAGCUUGCGCCCAGGCUGCAAAGAAUAAAUGGGUGGACUUUGGAAAGCAACUAGUGACCAGAAAGAUCCAACAUGUGGAUAAUGACAAGGUCCAAACUUUGCUUCUACGGAUACAGGACGCAAAGGACAUCAGCCAAGAUGACAUCAAGGCUCUCACCAAAAGAAAGCUUAUUUCUCUACAAGUGAAGAAAGGCUUUUCAGUAAGAAGAGGUCUCAAUUAUGCUCCUCAGAGAAAGAAAGUUGCUACAGAUUUGACUCGAGAUAUGCUGCAGAGCGGUGAUUGGAAAGAUCUGGAGUACAAAGACUUUAACUUGAACGCUAAAGGUGCGCCUACUGAACGUGGUUGUCUUCAUCCACUGCUGAAGGUACGGAAGCAAUUGAAGGACAUUUUCCUUUAAAUGGGGUUUGGAGAGAUGCCCACUAAUAACUAUGUCGAGAGCAGCUUCUGGAACUUUGAUGCUCUUUUCCAGCCGCAACAACACCCUGCUCGUGAUUCACAUGAUACAUUCUUCCUGAAAGUUCCUUCAACUACAAAGGACCUUCCUGAAGAUUAUGUUGAGAGGGUGAAGCGUAUACACGAGUCUGGUGGUCAUCAGUCCAGGGGUUAUGGAUAUGAUUGGAAAAGAGAGGAAGCUGAUAAGAAUCUUCUGCGGACUCACACAACUGCUGUUUCCUCCAGGAUGCUUUACAAGCUAGCACAGGAUUGUGCACAGAAACCUUUCUCUCCCAAGAAGUACUUUUCUAUAGAUCGUGUUUUCAGAAAUGAAGCAGUAGAUCGAACACAUCUUGCAGAGUUCCACCAAAUAGAAGGUUUGAUAUGUGAUCGAGGGCUUACUCUGGGCGACUUGAUAGGAGUCCUCCAAGACUUCUUCUCACGGCUGGGCAUGUCCGAUCUGAAAUUCAAACCAGCCUAUAAUCCAUAUACUGAGCCUAGCAUGGAGAUUUUCGGUUAUCAUAAAGGCUUUGGCAAGUAUGUAGAAAUUGGAAACUCUGGCAUGUUCCGGCCUGAAAUGUUGCUUCCUAUGGGACUCCCAGAAGAUGUCAGUGUUAUUGCAUGGGGCCUCUCCCUGGAAAGACCAACCAUGAUUCUCUAUGGCAUUGACAACAUUCGAGAUCUUUUUGGGCACAAGGUCGAUCUAGGUCUCAUCAAGAAAAACCCCAUCUGUCGGAUUGGAUUAGAAUCUGAUUAAGAAAAGAUCGAUAAGUAGCCAUAGCACACUGGAAUUUCCAUAACCAUUUGAAAUUUGUGUUAUUGUAUUAUUCUCAACAUACUGAAUUAUCCAUUUAACCUGAUUGAGUAAUUGAGAAAGAAAAGAGCUAGAUAGGGUUUGUGGUUAGGUAAUGUACAAGUGAUGUUAUAUCUGUAAGGAUUUUACUCACUCUUUUCAAAAGUAUUGUGAAAUCGAUGAUGCUUGUGAUCCCCUAUUGGAAUUAA